UUUUUUAAGAAACAUUUUAACAAAACAUAAACAAGAAACUGCAAUUAGUUGUGCUGCAGAUAAUUGUAUUCGAUUUAGUUUUAAAUAGUUCUUUGUUUAUAAAACAUCCAAUAAAAUGUUAAUAAAACUUUUAAUAUUAUUUUUAAUUAUAAAUAAAAUUACAAAUGCUGAAAAAUAUCCGGUUGUAAUGUGGCAUGGCAUGGGAGACACUUGUUGUUUUCCCUUUAGUUUGGGUUCCAUUAAAAAGCUUUUACAAUCAGAGCUUAAUAAUACUUAUGUUAAAUCAUUGCAAAUUGGUGGCAAUGUAGUAAUGGAUUAUGAAAGUGGAUUUUUUAUACAUCCCAAUACGCAAGUUGAAUAUGCCUGUCAGGAACUGGCCAAAGAUGAAAAACUUAAAAGGGGUUAUAAUGCCAUAGGUUUCAGCCAGGGAGGACAGUUUUUACGCGCUCUGGCUCAACGUUGUCCCUUGCCACCCAUGAAAGUACUUAUAACUAUGGGUGGUCAGCAUCAAGGGGUAUUUGGUUUACCUAAAUGUCCUUCUCUUAAAUCAAAAACGUGUGAGUAUAUACGCAGGCUGUUAAAUACAGCUGCAUAUGAUACUUGGACUCAAUUGGAAUUGGUGCAGGCCACGUAUUGGCACGAUCCUCUUGAUGAGGAAAAAUAUAAAGCACGUAGUACAUUUUUGGCAGACAUUAAUAAUGAGGUAUUUGUUAAUGGUUUAUAUGCGGAUAAUUUAAAUAAAUUAGAAAAGUUCGUAAUGGUUAAAUUUUUAAAUGACACUAUUGUUCAGCCUAAAGAAUCGCAAUGGUUUGAAUUUUAUAAACCAGGACAGGAUAAAGAAAUAUUGCCCCUGAAAAAAAGUCCAGUAUAUGAACAGUUGGGUUUAAAUCACAUGGCCGUCAAUCAAAAACUUAUGUUUCUCGAGGCUGAAGGCGAUCAUUUGCAAUUCAAUAAAACAUGGUUUUUAGAAAAAAUUAUACCUCUACUCAACCAAGAUAUUAAUUAAUUUGUAAAUUUUAUAAACAUUUUUUAUACUUCUUAA